UAAUUCUGUUCUGUUUCAUAUUCUUCAUAUUCUGCAUAUUAUUGCCCAUUUUUUUUCUAGAGGCACUUCUAAGAAUAAUAUUAAUGCUCGUUCUUUUCGAAACAGCAGCCGGCUACGCGCUGUUUGAAGUGUUAAAAGAAGGUAAAUUAAGAGAACCAGAUGAACUAUGGAAAGAUUUUGAAACACCGGAGGCGGCCAAGAAAACCGUAAAACUUGUUGAUUUCCAAAAGUUCGAAAACAUGAGUGAAGCAGUAGCCUCAGUUAGUGAUCUCUUAGAGGGGAAACUUUCAAAAGAUUUGAAAAAGUUUUUGAAAGAAUCUUUUGAAAAAAUAGAGGUAUCAAGCGAAAAGCUUGCUGUUAUGGAACCAAAAAUUGGUGCCACUAUUAGCAAAAAAUUUGGUAUUCAGGUUAUAUCUAACGAAACUGUCGUUGAACUAUAUCGAGGAAUUAAACAACAGCUUGAUUCAUUAAUUACCGGCAUAAAAUCUGAUGAUAUAAGUCAGAUGUCUUUGGGUCUUUCUCAUUCCUUGUCUCGCCAUAAAUUGAAAUUUUCACCGGAUAAAGUUGAUAAUAUGAUCAUUCAAGCAAUUGGUUUGUUAGAUGAUUUGGAUAAAGAAUUAAAUACUUACGCGAUGAGAGUUAAAGAAUGGUAUGGUUGGCAUUUUCCAGAAAUGUCAAAAAUUGUGGUUGAUAAUUUGGCAUAUGCAAAAGUAAUUAAAACUAUGGGAUUCAGAUCUAAUGCACAGACAACAGAUCUUUCAGAAAUACUUCCAGAAGAUUUAGAAAAGGAAUUGAAAGAAGCAGCCGAAAUAUCCAUGGGAUCCGAAAUUUCAAGAGAAGAUAUUGAUAAUAUUAUAAUGGGAUGCGAACAAGUAAUCAACUUAACUGAAUACCGUGCAGAACUUUACGAAUACCUUAAAAAUCGGAUGCUGGCGAUUGCACCAAAUUUGACAACUAUAGUAGGCGAAUUGGUUGGUGCCAGAUUGAUUGCACAUUCGGGAAGUCUGCUUAAUCUUGCCAAACAUCCAGCUAGUACUGUACAGAUUUUAGGUGCAGAAAAGGCUCUUUUCAGAGCUUUAAAAACAAAAAAUAAUACGCCUAAAUAUGGCUUAAUUUACCAUGCUAGUUUGGUUGGUCAAGCAGCUCCUAAAAAUAAAGGCAAGGUAGCUAGGCUGGUCGCCACAAAAUCUUCACUUGCAACUCGUUUUGAUGCUUUAUCAGAAGAAAAGGAUGUACAAGCAGAAAUGGGCCAUUCAAAUCGUAAACAGAUUGAAAAAAGAAUACGAAUCUUAGAAGGACGUAAUGGUGAUUCUGGAACAAAAACAGAAAAAGAUAAAGGGAAAAAACAAAAGACUGACCUCAAGCUUGUUUCAACUGCACCUACGUAUAAUCCCUCCGCUGACGUAGCUGGCUCUAGUAAAUCAGCUGAAUAUGGUGUAGCAGGUUCUAGUAAAUCAGCCGAAGUCAGUACUGUUGGCAUAAAACGUAAAGCUGAAGAUAUAUCUGCUGAGGAAGAAAGUGAGGAUGCGACUAGCGAAGAAGAGUCUGAAGAAGACGAUAAAUCAAGUGAUAAUGAAUCAAGUGAUGAAUCAAGCGAUGACAAACCAAGCGAUGACAAAUCAAAGGAUAAAAGCAAGAAAAAGAAGGCGAAGAAACAAAAACUGGAGGCUGAGCAAAAAAAGGAACAACCACCUAAAAAAAUAAAAGCUAAGGAAGGUAAGGAUAAGGACAAAAAAGAAAAGAAAAAGAAGAAAGCAUCUGAUCAUACAGUAGCUACAUCAACAAAUGUUAUUGAGCCGAAAGAAAAAGUUUCAAAAAAACGUAAGAAAACUGAAGAGGAUGAAGAAAAAGAAACAUCAAAAUCUGAAAAGAAAGCCAAGAAAGCCAAGAAAUCAAAGGAAUCUUCUGAAGAGAAAAAAGAGAAAGCUGAGAAAGUAAAACCAAAAGAAGAAAAGGAUGUAAAGAAAAAAUUAGAUAAAGGCAAGCAGAAAGAGAAGGAAAAAGAGAAGGAAAAAGAGAAGGAAAAAGAAUCAGUUAAAGAAGUUAAAAAGGUCGAAAAACCGAAGACAAAGAAAAAGGAUAAGAAAGAUAAAAAGGACAAGAAGAAGGCCCACUAAAGAAAUGGCCAAUACUUUCCAAUAAGUGUUAUUUAUUUUUUCUUUUUUUGAAAUAAUUAUUUAAUAUUAUUUUAGUUUUAACUACAGGAAAAUCUUUUAAAAGAAAAUAAAAAAAAAAACUUAAAACUUUGAAAUAAAGAAAAUCUAGAGCAAAAUUGUUCUUUG